GCUUAAACUCUGUGCUCGUUUAUCGUUUCUGAAUUUAAAUCAUUUGAAUGCAAUGGAAAUGCUAUUUUCUCCAGAUAUUUUGUUGCUUAACGAGUCAACAAAAAGACAAUCAACUUUUUCAACAGAAGAUGGCGAGGUUCAACUGUCAAGCAAGGAUUUUGCAGCUGGUUUGGUUUUGAUAGUCUCCACAAAGUGGAGUUUGCCAAAGAUGUGAAGCUCGAUGCCAAGGAAAACUGCAAACCAAUUAAAAAACUGUCAACUUCACAUCAUCAACGAUUUCCAUGGCAGACAAAAAUUUUGAAUGAUUACGAUGUUAAAUUUGAGCAUUUUCCUGAAGCGUCCCAGUAUAUAGAAAAGUACAGACGAGUUAAAAACAAGAGACAGGAAGAAAGGUGUACUCGGUUGCUACAGCGUCAGGAAAAGAAUGGUCACGUUUUCACUAAUUAUCGUACAGAAAAACAGGAGAUGAAUAUUGUGAGCUUAUCUCCAAAAAAUGAUUAUGAUGAAGCUACCUUCAGUAGUUCAUCAAAUAUGGAUUACACAAAUCCUUCAAUUCCACAAUCUGGUUGUUUUGUUGGAAGAAAAUGGAUUCAUCCUAAAGAUUGUGAGAGAGUUUGGAGUAGAAAUAUUGGUGUAGAUUGUGGGAAUUUGAGAGUUUUCAAGAAGAAUAAAAAUCAACUGGUCCAUUGCUUUUCUAAAACCAUGGUGUUGAAUGGUACAGGUAAGCCAUUUAGUACUUCAUGUAAGAAAAUUGAUUAUGGAACAUGGCAAAGGACUCCAUGUAGAUCAGCCCCACAGAGUCGACAGAAGAUACAUAAGGCUUGCGGAUCAGGUAUGUGCAUUCAAUCCUCCAUUUCACCUCAAACAAUCUCGCAAAAGUCUAAUGAUUUGAGUCCAUUGCUGACAACACAACUAUUUCAAAAACUACCAAUGGAAAGUCCUCAUUCAAAAGCUAUUAAUAUGAUUCCUACAAACCAUCGUGUGGAAUACAAAAGCAAUGUUCAGAAAAUUUUUGAUUUUUAUGACAAUGUAAAUCCAAAAUCCAGGAGUCAUAGUAUUUUUAUGAACUCAUGAAUAUCAAAUUUUGAAUAUGUUUUUAUGUCGUGAUAAUACUUUGUACUUAUAUGUAUGAUUUGUUAAAACACUAAAUAUUUUAUUGAUAUAACUAAAGUAAAGAUACAAGUAUUGUUUGUCUAUAUUUCUCUUGAA